CAGAGGCCAAGGGGGGCAGGAUUGGGCACUGAGGGCUGCAGGCAGCAGGGCCAGCGGGUGGGGGGUGAGGAGGACAGACCGAGACCAGGACCACUGACCUGUGAAGGCAUCGGCGCGAGGAGAAGACAACUGCACGCGAGGGACUGUGAUGGGCCUGGGGCCAGUCCCCAGCCCACUCCAGGGCCCGGACAGCUGUGAACUGAGGGGCUAGGUGCCUCCUGGCACACUGGGCGCUGAUGUGUGUGGCUUGUAAAUGUAAAGUGUGUACGUUAUACCUUAUGUCGGGGUGUUACCCAUGCCAGCGUAUUUCUAACCCUUCCAAGAGGGGUUGGAGCAGGUAUGUGUGCCCCAAGCACCCUGGUCUGUAUGGAACUGCUUCCGCCAAGAAAUAGGAGCAGAAGGCAGGGCAUCUGCCAGGAGCCAGGCUACCACCUCCUCUGUCCAUCAGGUGCCCUCAGCCCUAUGGUCUGUGAGCUGAAAGGACAGAGCAACCAAUCCGCCCACCAGAUUCUGUAGGAAACUCCGGGGAGGCAGCUGCUCGCAGGCACCCUGCCUGGUCUCCCAUGGAAAUGUUAUCAGACGCUUGGACUCCCCCAGUGGGCGUGUGCCUGGGGCGUGGGAUCCCGCUGCUGGGGAGAGUCUGGAGCAGCUGCAGACCCCUUCAUCUCCGCCAGCUCAGGCUCAGGUGUGACUGCACAGAAACGGGCCCUGACUGUCGCUGACCCGAAGACCUAUCGGAGGCUUCCUCUUAGACCCUAAUGGGGGUAGGAGACCCCUCGGGGUCUGCCAGCUCCCGGUGGCGAGAAGCCUGCGUUUUACCAGGAAACCAUGGUCUCCUGCUCGGAGCUCACACUUACGAGGCUCACGCUGCCCGAGUCUGAAGACCAGGGGAAGGACCUCAAAAGUGAUGCAGAAGAUGCCAGCUGCCAGCCUAACCUGGAGGAGGACAAGCAGGAACAGCACCAGGAUGCCCUGGGGAAGGAGGACCGUGAGGGCGACAGGGCGGAGCCUGAGGCUGUGAACACCCCCGAGGCCAGCGUCCAGGAGGAGCAGGACGGAGGGCAGAGCGUGGACAAGUGCACCCCGGAGGCUAAGGAGCAGGAGCCAGAGUCCGUAAAACUGGCUGACCUGCUGGAAAAAGAGGCAAGAGCUUUUCACUUUGGUGACAAGUCAGACACAGUCCUGCUGUGGAGGCACUGUCCUUGAGUCACAUGGGCUGCAGGCUGGACCAAGCCCCACCCCCCCCCACCCCACCCCCCGCCACACUGAGCCGAGCCUUUGGCAUCCAGCUCUGUGCUCUCGGCUGGUGCUGGGCGCCCCAGGCCCAGCUUGCCAAGCAGCACAGUUAGUAACUGUGCUCAGGGCCCUGCGGGGUGGCGGCCUGCGGCCCCACGCUGAGAGGUAGCCCUCCCCGAAGACCCUGCCAGGGAACAGUUUUCUGUCCUGAUCCAAGCAUAGGGAAAGAGGGGAGCUGGGCGGGUCCCACCAGGUUGACAGCAGCUGGUCCUCGACCCGUGUCCAGGGCUCGGGGGGAGGCCUCCACUCCCCAAGUGCUUCUCCAGCUGUUGACUGAAGGGCUUCCACUUCCAUGGCACCAAGGCGCCUGGUUGAGGCCUGGGGCAGCCCCACUCGAGCCCCCCAGGCCUUACACAUCUCAGCAGGUCUCUAAGUUCAGGCAGAGGGCAGGUGGGUUUGUAGAGGCAGAGCUCAGGUGCUGCCCAGGUGAGCAGGUCUGUAGUGGGCAGAGAAGGGGCCCACCAGGCAUCGCCCUGGUACCCAGAGGCCCUGGUCCUCAGGGACCUGAGGGGAGGUGAGCAG